AUGCAAAAUAAUCAACAGCAAUAUUACCCUUUGAAUAAUUGCCAAUUAUGCACACCAAAUAAUUGUUCUACUAGUCAAAAGUGGAAUAAUCAACAACGAUUUAACAGCACGCAACUUUGUAAUGAUAAUAACACGAACCAAAUAACAAAUGAUUGGGACAAUCAACGAUGCCAAUCAUUAAUACAACAUCCACAAAAUCGAACUUUGUAUUCACAGCAGUAUACAUAUGGAUAUCAACCUUCAAAAAUGAUGACUAGUCAUUGUGGACAACAACGACAAGCUUUAUGUCAUCCGAUAGAUUGUUGUCAAAAUAGAAAUAGUAAUACAGUCAAUCAACAGAACCAGUGUGAGCGUAACGGUGAAAUGAAUUUAUAUAACUAUUCUCCAUCAUCUUUAACAAAUCGUGCAUUAAACAUUCAUAUGAAUGGUUUAUAUUCAAAAUUUUCGAAUAAUCAUUUUCAACAACAAUCAAAUUUAUUUUCUACUAAAAAGACAAAUGAUGUUGGUGAUAUGUUAUCAAAUUCAUAUAAAACUUAUCAACGAAAAACAUGUUAA